AUGUCUGACGUGUCUGCCUCCGCCACCCGAAAGGAAAAGCGGCGAUGGAAGAUGAUGAUGAAGAAUGAAAGAAUAAAAUUUAUUGUGACUGGAGAAGGCGAAAGUGUGCAAAGUGGCAGGCAGAAUCCGCUAGAAAUAGAUGUCGACAAUAAAAUGCUGAAGCCGAUUCGUGAACCUCCAGUCGCUCUACAGACUCCGCCUUCGACGUUGACCGUGCGUGAGCAUCACAUGCCUUCUCCCGGGGAAGAUUUGUACGUGAAAAUGGUCGAUGAACUAGGCGGCAAUAAUGACGCAAAGUAA